UCUAUCUGAUUUCUAAUAGUCUAGUCUAUAAAUAGGAAUGCCAAAGAUAAUCAAGGAUUUUCUUUACAUAUUAUAGUAGAAUGAUAUGUGAUUAGUGUUUAAACCUUAAUAAGAAUACACGUUUUCAUAAACUAACCCUGUGUGCGAAGAAUUCCUGCGACAGUCGGCCUCAAAAAUCUUCGAAGACACGACGCCAUCUUGGAUCAUGAAAAGUACGCCCAGGAAAAUUAUAGGCGAAAUAACGACCUGCAUCAUGAGAAAAUCACUGUAGAAUAUAAAGCAAUUUGAUUGGGUGACGACAUCACGUGAUACAACAUGGAGACCGAGGAAGCACUUGUUAUAAAGUUGAGUUAGAAAACAUUUGCCAAUUCAGACAGGUGCAACAAGUGGUACAAGAACAUUUUGCAUAUGUACAUCAUACCUCCAAGCAACGAUAAGAUAAAAACUACAGCAUUUAACAAACAUGCAAGACACCAGGAGUGAGAGCCAAAGAAGGUCUAAUGGGAACCUACUGUAUUCAAUGAAAACCAGCUCUUUCUCAGAAGUACCAGAUAAAGAUAAAUAUGGACAAUGCAGAAGUGUCACAGAGUUUGAAAAAUUAAACAGGGUUGGAGAAGGGACAUAUGGUAUUGUAUAUCGUGCCCGAGACACGAGGACAGAUGAAAUUGUUGCUCUCAAGAAAAUGAGGAUGGAAAGAGAAAAGGAUGGUAUUCCGAUUAGUGGUCUUAGAGAGAUGACAAUCCUUCUCAACCUGAGGCACGAUAACAUUGUAGAACUACGUGAGAUUGUAGUAGGCAAAAGUCUAGAUAGUAUGUUCCUGGUGAUGGAGUACUGUGAACAAGAUCUGGCAAGUCUACUGGACAAUAUGCAAGCUCCAUUCUCAGAGGCUCAGGUGAAAUGUAUCUUCAUGCAGCUGUGUAGGGGUCUCACAUAUCUCCAUGACAACUUCAUUAUACACAGGGAUUUAAAAGUUUCAAAUCUUCUACUGACGGACAGAGGAUGCUUGAAAAUAGCUGACUUUGGUCUUGCUAGAAAGUUUGAGUUCCCAAUGAAGCCAAUGACACCCAAGGUUGUUACACUAUGGUACAGGGCGCCCGAGUUAUUACUAGGCUCAAAGGACCAAUCCACUGCUAUUGACAUGUGGGCUGCAGGUUGUAUUCUAGGAGAACUGCUGGCCCACCAUCCUCUAAUGCCUGGUAAAUCUGAGAUCCACCAACUAGAGUUGAUUGUAGAACUACUUGGUACACCUAAUGAAAGCAUCUGGCCUGGGUUCCAGUCGCUUCCUGCUUUAGAGCACUUUAGCUUGAAAAAACAACCAUACAAUAAUCUCCGUCAUACAUUCCCUUGGCUGUCUGAUGCCGGUGUCAGACUACUCAACUUCCUGUUCAUGUUUGAUCCUAAGAAAAGGGCCAGUGCUUCUGAUGUUCUAGAGAACUCAUACUUCAAAGAGUCACCUCAUCCAUGUGACCCUGAAGUCAUGCCAUCUUUUCCCCAACACCGGAAUGUAAAGAAAAAACCAGGUCCUGCCCCUGAUUCUGCAGAAAAAUCUAAAGUUAGAUCGUCCAGUGGAUCUGCUGCUCCAAAUAAGGGCAUGGCAAUUCCCGUGCUUGGGUCAUCAUUUGGGUCAGGUUCAUUUGGCGGAGGAAUAUUUGAUGGUGACGCUUUUAGUGGCCCUAUGCAACCAGCAGCUGGAGCAUCUUAUGCUCCACCCGCUAAAAGACAAAAAUGACAACAUAGAACUGUUAAGUUGUACACAUAAUGGGAUCUGCUGCGCCAUCUAUCUUUAUGACAGAGGACUUGGCAGACAAAUCACAUCUUUUAACUGACCAAUGAGAAUCUAAGACCAUUGUGGUGUCAUUUGGAAAUAUAGCCCCCAAAAGCUGGAUUGUUAAAGAUACCAUGGAGGGGUACACUGCAUACAGAGCUCUAUGCAUUAUUUGGCCCCAGAGAUACUAGUGGACUUACAAUGUAUUUCUGAAAAGGGCCAUAAAAAUGGAUAAAAUGGAAUUGAAUUAUGUCAAUGGAAAUGACAAUGAGGGACCCAUGUAUUUUGAAAUAAUGGGAUUUAAACAUCUAUGCAGACUAAUGGGCUCAGUGCAUUGUUGAUCAUGGCCCUAAAUAUGAAUUACGAAAUGAUGAUAUGAAACAAUGAAAAGUAUAUGAGUGACAUUGUAUACUUAAUGGAAUAAAAGCUAGAAUUAGGGAUUAAGGGAGCAUUUCAAAAGAUCGAUAUCGGAAAACUGUAUUUCAACAGUUUAGUUUUUAGUUCGGGGGAGGGGGUCAAUAGCAUUAAAAGUAAGCAAUCUGACAUCCUUCCAGAGAAUUUUAUAAGUGCAUGCUCUUUUCAUCCAUUUUUAUAUAGUUUUAUAGACUUCAUACAAUGCACCUUCUUCCGAGGCAGUGUCUGUAUUUUAGCUUUGUGUCACCUAUAAAGUCACUUAUAUAUUCAUUUUUAGUUUUUAGCCUUCAUGUAUCUCCUUCUGUGUUAAAUAUAUUGUGACUGUGGAAAUAAUGCAUAUCAACAUUUCGCAAACACAGUUAUGAGGGAGGAGGGAGAGGGGUCACUGAUUAACUGUUCAAGUACAGUUAAUCUUCCGAUAUAAAUCUUUUCGCAAUGCUCCCUUAGAGAUUUAAAAUAUUGAUCUCCAACCAACUAUUCAAAAUACAAUAGCUCAAAAAAGCAUUGUAUGGUGGUUAUUGGUUCUCUAUACCAGUAUUCAGAGAAAAAUAUGAAAUUUUCUAGUAUUUUUAAUAAGGAGUGAAUUUUUGGGACUUAAUUUUACAUUUUAGAAUGAAUGAUAAUCAAGGCAAAAACCUAGCUUAUAAAACAGUACCUACAUGUCAGUUUAGUACUUAAGUUAUUUUUUUAGUCUGAUUCUACCUUCAUUGAAGACAUUCUUGGAUUAAUAAAUGAAACAAAAUUUUUCAAUCAAUUUGGAAUACUAGUAUAUUAAGAAACGCCAAUAUCUGACCUAUAAAUUAUGAAAGGGGUAUUUAUGAAAAUAAAGUCACAAAAUAUUAUAGAUGCUAUAAAA